AUGCCUCUCAGCGCAGAGCAAGGAGCCCAGGUCCUCGAGGCACACGGAAUCCUGUCGUGUCUGGCCUGGGGAGCCAUCAUCCCCCUCGGCGCCGUUCUCAUCCGAGUCAUCCCGUCCAAGAAGUCGUGGAUCAUCCACGGCGCCAUCAUGCUCCUCGGCCUCUCCAUGGUGACGGCGAGUUUCGGAAUGGGACUCCAGAGACUAUGGGCAUACCACCACGACGUAAGUCCAUCGUUGGCGGACGCAGAGGAGAUUCGGGCGAGACUUCAAAUUUGCUGACGAAGAUUUCCAGAUCGGAAAAUUCGCGCACACCAUCAUCGGCACCCUGCUCUUCGCCAUGGCCUGGGUGCAACCCAUUCUCGGCACGACACACCACUUCCUGUACCAGGUGUCCGGCCAGCGCAGUCUGAUCUCCGCCAUCCACGUCUUCUUCGGCCGCCUGUUCAUCCUCAUCGGCAUGGUCAACGGCGGCGUCGGCUUGCUGCUGCGCGGCAACGCCACGCGCGCGGAGAAUAUCGCCUACGGCACCGUCGUCGGCGGCAUCUGGGUCGUGUACAUUCUGCUGAGCUUGGGGUGGGAGAUUAAGCGGGAAACCCGAAGCGCGGAGGAGGGCAAAGGGAGGAGUGAGUCGGAGAGUAGUGAUGUUUCUUCUUCCCGGAAUAUGGCCUCGGCGAUGGCGAUGAAGGCGUGA